UUCUUAUAUGAGGUAGGAGCUCACUGGUAUGAUGAAUGAGUGCUGUGAUAAAAAUGUUACCUGAUAUUGUUCUUAGUACAGUUGUUAUGGCAACAUUAAGGAAUGUUCCCAAUGGUUAGAGUAGGGGUACACUCAAAUAGUCUUGACUAUAAAAGGGGUUGAAUCAUUAGACUGAUAGGGAACAAUCAUAGUCGCUGCAGCUAAUAAUUAUAUUGAAGUAAUAUUCAAAAUGAGCCAAGCAAAGGAUCAAAAGGAAUUUCACAUACUAGCAGAAUCAGCUAGAUCAGAAGCAACAAAAGCUCUAAUAGUUCCCUUUGAUAUCCUGUACUCAAUUAUUGCAAUUGGUGUAAUGCGGAAUGGAAGAGAUUUUAGUACAAAAGAUCAAGAUAUAACAUUAGGUUGCUUAGGAGCAGCAUAUGGAGUAAUUAGCCUUGUUUUCUGUCUAAUCAACAGUCAAGCAUACUUACGUAAUGCUUUUAAAAAUGAAGAUUGUUGGACACGAUGUAAAAAAAUAGUUAUUUUCAUAUUAGACUUUAUUGUUGUGGUCGCUACUAACAUCAUAUACCUUGUGGGAGAUAGCAAAGCAGAGGUCAGCACUGACAGUGCAGCGGAGGAAAGAGAUCUGACCAUACAAGGUCUUCUUUUUCUCAUUCCUGCAAUACUAUCCUUUCAAGUUUGGAAGCCAUUAAAAACAUUGCUUGAAACCAUUUUUAAAUUUUGUAAAAAGGAAGAUGAUUCAGAAGAAGAUAAGUUAGAAUUAGAUUAUUACAAAGCAAUUCUCUAUGCAACAGUGAUGACACUCAGUACUGUCCCAGAGAUUGAUGCUACAUAUACCACAUUAUCGAGCUUUGUUAGACUCACAAAAGAUAAUUGCCGUCCAAGGAAAUACAACAUCCUUUGGGUAAUGUAUAGUGCAAUUAUAUUCAAUAUUAUAGUGAAAUGUAUAAGUGUAUUUUUAAAGGCAUUGCGCAAAGUUUACAACAAAAAUAAGACUAAGUGGAAUCUAAGUCUCAUUGGUUGGGCUGCUUAUGCUGUCAUUACAUCAGUCCUUGCAAUAUUAAGCACUGGAUGCUUCUUUGUUGUUGAUAAUGACCUACCAUUGGAUUGCUCACCACACUUCCGCUUGAAUAGCACGUACAGGGGACUUAAAACAAAAAACUACAACUUCAGAAUAGCAUUUCUAGUAACUUCUUGGGUGCUUUCAGUCGCAAUAUUAGUCAUGGGAGGAAUAUGUUGGGGAAGAUUCCUCAGAAUAUAUGACAACAAAUCACAAGAAAGUUAUAAAUUAGAAGAUCUGACAAACCACCUUAAAGAUCCGACAAACCACCUUAAAGAUUCGACAAACCACCUUAAAGAUCCGACAAACCACCUUGAAGCUCAGACAAACCAACAUGAAUCUGUACUUUAACAUUCUUUGAACAGUUUGGUAGUUACAUUUAGUUGAUUGAUUUCAUUUUUGUGUUAAAUAAAUAAUUUAGAAUAUAA